AUGGCCGACGUCGUUAGGCAGACCUCCGAGAAAAGCCAGGCGGGCCAGAAUAUCGUACCCUUGAACCCGUCUGACAGCAGAUCUCGGAGAUGGUCGUCCACGGCAAGAUCCCUAGGGAUGGCGCUACUGAUGGUUGUGUCGGCUCUCACACUGCUCAGUAACUUCGCCCGCGCACCUCCAGGGUUCCUGCAGAAUCUACCAGGAGGUUACCACGACAAUAGAGAAGAGGGAAAGCUAGGCGCUGUGGCCAGUGAGAAUGCGAUCUGUAGCCGAUAUGGAACAGAUAUGCUCAAGAUAGGCGGAAACGCUGCGGAUGCCUUGGUAGCAACGGUUUUCUGCGUGGGAGUGACCAGCAUGUAUCACAGUGGCAUUGGAGGUGGAGGCUUCAUGCUGGUCCGCUCAUCUGAUAACGAAUAUGAGUUUAUCGACUUUCGAGAGACGGCGCCGGCUGCGGCGUUCCAGGAUAUGUACAACAAUAACACUAAUUUGUCGGUAUACGGUGGUUUGGCAAGUGGAGUUCCUGGGGAAGUACGGGGCCUGGAGACUCUCCACCGCAAGUAUGGCGUUCUGCCCUGGUCGACGGUGAUGCAGCCCGCGAUCCGGACGGCCCGCGAAGGAUUCACUGUCGGUGAAGACCUUGUCAGGUACAUGAAUGCUGCCGUUGGUGACGGCGAAGACUUCCUCUCCAAGAACCCAACAUGGGCCAUCGAUUUUGCACCAAAUGGAACCCGGGUCGGACUGGGUGACACGAUCACUCGGAAACGAUAUGCAGACGCCCUCGAAAGAAUCGCCAAACAGGGUCCAGAUGCCUUCUAUACCGGUUUUAUCGCGGAGACGAUGAUCAAUGCAUUGCAAGCGGCAAAUGGCACAAUGACAUUAGAGGACUUGAAAAACUACACCGUUGCGUUCAGGAACAUAUCACAAAUAGACUACCGCGGAUAUCAAAUAACGAGCGGAACGGCUCCUUCAAGCGGAGUCAUCGCCCUGAGUGCCUUGAAGAUUCUAGAAGGCUACGGCGAUUUUUUCACAGCCGAAAGCGUCAAUCUCAGCACGCAUCGUCUGGACGAGGCAUUGCGGUUUGCUUAUGGACAGAGGACAAACUUCGGAGACCCGUCAUUUGUCGAAGGAAUCUAUGAAUAUGAGUACGAUAUAUUGAAAAGCUCCACUGCGCAGAACAUUCGUAGAAGGAUAUCCGACUUCCACACACAAAAUGUCUCUGCGUACAAUCCUGACGGUAUCGAGAGUCUUGAAACACCGGGAACAUCCCACAUAGUCGCGGCCGAUCAUACAGGUCUAGCUAUCUCGCUCACUACGACGGUCAAUCUCCUGUUCGGAAGCCAGUUGAUGGUCCCUGAAACUGGCAUUAUCAUGAAUAACGAAAUGGACGAUUUCUCCGUUCCUGGUAAAUCCAACGCCUUCGGCUACGUACCCUCCCCAGCAAAUUACAUACGACCAGGCAAACGACCCCUAUCCUCAAUCACACCAGCGAUCGUGACCCAUCCGAACGGAACUUUAUUCUUCGUCGUCGGUGCCGCGGGAGGAAGCAGAAUCAUCACGUCAACUGUUCAGAACUUGAUUCAUGCCCUCGAUGAGAAUCUUUCGGCCCCUGAAGCCUUGGCCAAGCCCCGUCUUCAUGAUCAGCUUAUCCCGAACCAAGUUACCUUCGAAUAUUCUUACGAUAACUCGACUGUGAGUUUUAUGGAGAGUCGUGGACAUAAUGUCACCUGGGUUGCGCCGGUUGAGAGCUCUGCUCAAGCGAUCCGCGUGUUAUCGAAUGGGACGUUUGAUGCUGCGGGGGAGCCGAGACAGCGAGAUUCUGGUGGAUUCGCUGUUUAA